AUGGAAGGCCUCCGUAAAGCCGCACAGGAUGUGCUUCAACAUCGUGAUCCGACUUCGGUUUCCAUCGCCGACUCAGAGCUGAGCACCAUCCCAGUCCCUGGUGGACUGGAUGCAUUAUGGGAGAAUAUAUCUCCCCAAGAAAAUGCCAGUAACAUGAUGACCUGUGAAAACUUGCUUGUCACACGGGAUUUCUUGAAGCUCCGUGGGCCCAAGAGACUGUCUGACAGCGAGAAAGAUGCUGUAAACCAUAUCUAUGAAUGGGCGGCUAGCAUAGCCCUGCCUUCGCCAGCAUUUGCCACAACAUUAGGUGAUAUUUCGGAAGAAAGAAGACAGCUUAUGCGUGAUGAGCAGCUUGGAUCUGAUCUCGCUUUGUCGGUCAUUUCAUUGCUGGCAGGAUUGGUCCCUAUCCAGGAUGCAGACAACGCAUCCCAUGUUAUCCUCGCGCUUGCAAGCUUCACAUCAGGGGAUGAUCCGUGGACGACACCGCAGAGCCACUCAUCCGCAAUUGAACUGCUAUCAACAUUACAACCAGAUCCUCCAUUCUGGACGAGUAUCGAAAAGAUACUAAAGGAGACCAUCCGCCCCGUCUUUGCAAAGACCAGAAACCCGGCAAUCACAGCAGCGGGACGCAAGAACUUCCAUCCCGUUCCACUCGCUCGCUUUGAUACCAGCAUCCUGGACCCGGAAUCAAAACCAUGGAAAGUCUCUGAUGUAUAUGCCACAACAGCCCUCUCCUGGAUUGCAAGACAGUACCGGCCCGUGGACAAAACUCACCUCGAAGCACAUGUACCCCUUCUCGUGCCCCCAAUUCUGGCACUAAUAGACGACGACAGCACCGCGUUCAAGAUCCGCGGCUGCAGGGUACUUACCGAUCUACUGUCCCCAAUCAAAGAAAGCAAGUCCGACAUUCUGCAACGCACCAACCUCUCCUCCGUCUUCGAAGACGCCAUCAGACCCUGUCUACUCUCCCUUCCCACCAUCACCCCAGAAGACGAAGCAAUCAGUCUGCUAGGCGCCGCAUAUCCAGCUCUCCUCUCCCUUCUCAAACUCAAUUUCGUGAACUCUUCUCAGAAAGCUUUACCGUCUACCCACGGACCGAAGGAAAUCUACGUGUCCAGCCUCACAAAAACGCUCCGCGAUAACCUAAUCUCCUCCUUCCACCAUAUCAGCUCAACAAGCACAACAUCUUCAUCCCCCAUAGCCUCAUUCCCGUAUCCCCGCCUGUCAACCCUGCUCCUGGACCAUGUGACGACUGUCAUCUUCGAGCUCGGCAUCCAUACCACGAAGUACCUGCAGGAUAUUCUUCCGCUCAUACACACGACACUGUCCAAUCCGUUUGGUCCCGCGUACCCACCUCUCCUGUUUGCUUCCAUGGCCGUGACCAGAGCCGUGAUACUCAAUGCGCAUCCGCGUCUGUGGCGGUGGCGGGGGGAGAUAAUUGGUGCCCUGUGCUCGUGUUUCCUCCAUGCUGUGGAUGAAGAACAGGAAAUUUCCCACCGGGAGGAGCGGGGAGCGCUGUCCGAGUCGGACGAGAAUGCUCGUCGCGCAAUGGUCCGACUCAAGAACGAGCUGAAGGGGGCAAUUUAUCUGCUCAAGUUGGCUCUCGAGAAUCCUCUCCAGGCUGAGGGGGAUUUGGGGCAGCUCGAGGCGAAAGAUAAUAUUGCGAAGGAGAUAGAAGAGCUGGUUGCGGCAGAUGACACGUUAAGGGAACUUCUUAUGAGUGAUGUGGAUAAGAGCAAUAGUGAAUUCUUUGGAUUGGAUAGGGAUUAA